GUACCUCCAGCAGCAUCUAUAGCACAAGCCGGAACAGCAACCUGUCUCUGCGGCGCAGUACACCUCGCUUUCCCCAUCACAACACCAGGUCUCGUAGCCUCAUUCGUAUGCUACUGCAGUGACUGCAGAAAAGGCGGAGUGGAAGCCAGUAUUGUCGUUAAAGAUGAAUACUUGAAACAUGUACGUGGUACAUCGAAUCUUUCGUCCUUUUCCCAACCCGUUUCUACGCCUUCAAGUCAUGGCUCGACGACUUUCUUCUGCCAUACUUGCGGCUCCAAUAUGUAUAGGGUUGGUGCCGCGUUCCCUGGUUGCGCCAUUGUGCGCAUGGGCGCCGUGGAUGAUGCAAGGCUUGUUGAGGGCAGGUUGCGGCCGACAAGGGAGCUGUGUGUGAAAGAGAGGGUGAGUUGGGUGGGUGGGCUCAAGGGGGACGAGGUGAAGAGGAGGGUCGGGUUGUUUUCGUGA